AUGGACGUCGCAACGAUGCAGCGGGAUCCGGAGGGUCAGGAGUUUUUGCACAACACCAACAACAACAACAAUAACAACAACGUCGUCGGUUCUGUAGGUUGCGCACUGGACAAUGGCAGUCAGAUCCUGCCGAAUGAUGGGGCCAGCUGUGAGGUGUCACCACGUGAUUCGGUAACACCGAAAAUGAGCUCCAGUGUGGCCAGCAUACUCGACGAUACGACACCCAGCGAUUCCGGUGUCCAGCUGCUGGAUUCGGAAUCGAGCGGACUAAACGAGUCGAUGAUAUCGAGCGCGGGUGGAUUCGAGUUCGAUGUUCCCGCUCCACCACCAGCGGUAGGGAAUGCGCACAACAACGCCAACAAUAACAACACCUACUGCGGUCGUCCGAUGGGCGAAAUGGACGUAGAUGCCGGGGAUGACGAAUCCAAGCAGGCUGGGGCGCGAGAAUGCGCCCGUUUGAAGGAGGAAGAUGAAGCGAAACUGAGCGCGGAUCAGGAGAUCGGAGAGGGCAUUGAGGUGGACCAGGGUAUGACGACGAGCCAGGUACCGGAUGAGCUCGUGACCAGCACCUGUUCGACGUUCGAUAGCGAGAACAUCGUGUACCGGCGGCGCAUGAAGAAGACCCCGAUCAGCAAGACGCCGAAGAAGCGCGUGUCCUUCCACGAGGACAUCCUGAAGAACACCAAGACGGACAACAUUCACAUCGAGCACGGGUUCAUCACGUAUAAAACGGGCGGGGUCGGCAAGAAGGGUGUCGCGGGCAAGGGCCGGUACUCCUGGUGCUCGGAGGAUGACGGUGGGUUCGAUUACGGCGAUGAGGAGGCACACGAAGGCCGCCGGCAGUACGUGUACCGGAAUGCGUGCUCGGAUGUGCUCGAUUACGGUAAAACGGAUGUGUUUGAAAACGUCGAGGACGAGCGGAACUACGUGAAGUACGACAAUUCGGGUAUCUUCGAGUACGGACCACCGACAGAGCGAACCGGGCGAUCGGAAACCGACAAACUGCUGUACAAAUGCAGCUGUUCCGAUUCCAGCUCGAGCCUGGACUCUGGUGAAGGCGCCAACGAACGGACAAACUACCGGCAGGGUAAAUCCAACAGUUGCGAGUGCAUCGGCUCGAAUGCGUCUGGACGGCAUCAUGGAAAGCAUGGUGGGAACAACAACAACAACGUCAUCUCGGACAACUGCUACUACAGCGAGCCAAGCAUCGAGCAUCUGGAUGAGUUCAACGGCAACGUAACACCGGGAACAGGUGCUACAGCUGGUGGGGAUCACUUCGUGAAAUCGGUGUGGAGCAAAGAGAAAAAACCCAAGAGCAGCUGCCUGAAGAAGACGAAGCGGAACAGCAUCUUCACGAACGUCGUCGUGCCGGAGUACGAUCUGAACCGGAAAGUGAAGAAGUUCAACGUCCACCAGCGGCUGUCGGUGAUCGAUAACAGCCGCAUGAUAUUUGGCUCGCUGAAGGACAUCUUCGGAAUCGCGCUGCCGGAGCGUGGUGUCCCCGAGGGGUCCGAGGAUCUGUCGUCGGUGCGCGAAUGCAUCCCGGAAUCGCAUGAUGAUGGGUUGGUGGACGACUUUACGCUGGUACAAAAACCCAAAUCGUUCCUCUCGAAGAGCCUCGACGGUGGGUUUCAGAGCCGUGCCGGUGGUCGGACCAACGCUGGCCAACAGAAAAAGUACGUUCACAACGUGGACGAGCAGCUGCGCCGAAAGAACGAUGAGGAUCUGUACGCACCGAGCCGGAAGAACAGCGUUGAGGACGACAUUCCGGUGGUGAACGAGGACGACAUUGAUGCACACGACAGCAACAGGCAACAGCCUCCGAAGGAGUCGUCGCCGCCCGCGUCUACGAUCCCACUUCCAGAACAAAUCACUGCUGAAGGUGGUACUGACGGUGGAGGAUUGGCCGGCGGAUUGGUAUUGGGAAACAUGACCGGAGCCUAUCGCAAUAAAUUCAUCAUCAACGGUGAGAGCACCGUGUUCGAGCACACGGGUGUAUCGUACUGUUUCGAAGACGGCCAAAGCAAAUCACCGCUCGAGGAGGAGAAAGAACUGCCGGUUGGUGAAACGACCAGCGGGUCGUUUAUCGGAAAAACGCAGAUCAAGAAAAAGCUCUCGAACAUAUUGCAAAAGAUCAACGUCAUCAGCUCGCAAGCGUCCACGCCGACACCGGUACCGACACCCGCUCCACGUACCGGUGGCGAUGGCGAAGGAGACGUCGGCGGAAGUGCGCAAGCAACGCAACUCAAGGAGGACUCAACGGCAGGAUUGCCGCUGCAAUCGUCGCCGUCGUCUCCGAAGCUACCGGAGCAAGGACUAUCAAAUGCGACCGCAAUGGAAAGCAGUACGAUUUCCUCCUGCGGUAGCGAUCAUUCCGACCAUUCGAGUGGCGUUGCUGCAGGCAAGCAGUCGGAUCUGAGUUUGCCUCGAGCGAGUGCGAAUGCGGGCAAAACGAACCGUCACCUCUCUUCGCCGCUUAGAAGCAAAUCUCUCACGACCACGCGCUCGUCAUUCCGCAUGAGCCCGGAUUUAUUUAAUCUCGGCAUGGUGCCAGCGACUGGAGCAAUGGCACCACCGGGAACCGGACCUCGACAUCUCAACAACAUUGACCCUCAGCUGGCGGAAGAGUUUGAGGACAUCCUGACGAUAACGGCGACCACGACAACAAGCAGCACCAACGAUUCGGGUAUCGAAUCGGCGGAUGUGCUGCACAGCAAAAAAUCGUUCGUCGAGGACGACAUCGUCCUGGUAGAGUUUCCCCCAUCCGUGUCGGGUGCCUCGAGUUCAGCGGUCCUUUCGCCAGCUGCUACACCGCAAUCGGAGGAGUACGGCGUACGGCUGUCGCAUCGGUUGCCCGCGUACCAGCAAAGACAUCGACACCAUAACGCGAUGACUUCGUCUACCACAAGCUCGGCCUCGACUGCCUCGAAAAGCUCACUGAUCAAUCGCUUCCUGCGCAACGUCACGCAGAAGAAGAUCCUCGAGGCAACGAUCAAGCAGAAUCCUUUCUUCCAAUCGAAGGUCAACGGUGAGCGCAAGCUGUUCGAGAAUCUGUGUCCCCGAGGACCCGCGCGAUCGAUCAACAAGGAGCUGAUCGAGGAUCUGAACGCGGAAAUAGCGAUGGAAAUCGAACUGUCGUCGUCCGCGUGCCAACUGGACCGGAUCCAGCUGAACGACACGUACGCACUGUCCGGUACAGACGACAGUCCGUUCACCCUCGGUGGCGUCAAGUUUGAUGGAGGUGGCAUCGGCGUGGGAGAGCUACCCGUGGAGCUGUUCACGGCCGGACCGCGACUUGCCAUCUACCGCAAUGACAGCGAGGUGCUGAUGAAGGUGUUCAAGCUUUUCAACGGAUACAGCCGGGAGGGUUUCAUGACACCCGUGCUGGUGUUUCUGACCGAUCGUACGCUCUACGUGACGGACCAAGUACGGAACAGGUUGUGCAAUAAGUUCGUGCUGCCGUACGCCGAACUCGACGUCAUACUAGUUGGUCCGUACGGCAACACGGUGCUGCUCAGCAACUCGGCCCGGGACAUGCAGCAGGUUCUGCUGGCCGGUGGGCCAUACCCGGCCGAGGGACUGGUCUCGAGCUUGGAACUUUGUGCACGACGUGGAGGAUCCGUUUUACCCGCUGUCGGACAACUGACACUCGAUCAUCUGGCACCACUGCAGGCGUUCGUGCGAGACCAUUCGAGUGUCAACCGAGAAGACUCGUGGAGGUACUACGCGGUUGUGAACGUACCGGCGGGUACGCUCGGAAGUGAGGAGGCCCCAUUAGGACCCCACAUCAAGGGUCCGCUGAUGCACCGGCGUAUGUCACACGCUGGCUUCGUGGACAACUGGUCAGCGGGUUACUUUCUGCUAAAAGCCGGAGUGCUGUACCUGUUCGCAGACGCGUCCCAGAAGCUGCCGACAUGGGCCGUCGCAUUAGCCGAGUGUCAAGGGGCACGCCGUUCCGUUCACUCCGGUCGGCCGUACUGUUUCGAGUUGCUGCUGCGCACGGGAGCCCUUCAGCUGGCAGCGCCGGACGAGUAUGUGGCUUCCGAUUGGCUGCAAGCACUGGUGCAGGCGGCUAGUGGGGUGAGUGGAAAGCAGGCGGUAGAACCGAAGCUCUUUGAGAUGCAGGAACGUCGUCGCACACUUGGAUGCACUUUGAUCAUGACGUCCAACCAUCUGCUAACACUACGCGAAGAUUUCAGUGCGCCUUUGAGGCGUAACACCAGCUACAACGUUUCCGGUGGGAUGUGCCAUCCGUCGGCUUCGUCUAUGCUGCUGCAACUCAGCAUGUCAUCCCCCUCGAAGGAAAAUAUAAAUCCGAACGCCACCCAUCGGAAGACGAGCAACGUCUCCAGUAUUAACGGUGGACCGGACAACUGGAGCGAGAUAAGUUCCAUACGGUCGAACUGCAGCACACCGACUCGUUCGAACGUGGCAGCUCAACUCAACAACGCGGAUCGACGUUCGAACUCAUCGAGCACCAGCACACCGACCAAAGGCAGUAUCACACAGAUGCACCAACAGCAGCAGCAACAAAUACUGAAUUCGUCUCCGGCUAGAAGUUUACCGCGAUCGGUCGGGGUAUUGAAUAGCGAGGCACCAUCCCUGGUGGAGCUACUUGGUAGUGGCACGGAGGAAAAGAGCUACACAAACAUGAGUAGCUUUUAUGGUAAAAAUUCCGGCGUGGAAGUGCUCACGUGCGCCAGCAUCGAUGAAAUGUCCGCCAUUAAGAUUCCGGCCGUCUCGUCUAACUGGUGGUGCAUUUUGGAAUUCGAAUGCCAAGAGGUACGGGAAAAUUCAGACGAUCUGGUGAUAUUCUUCUCAACCAGCGCGGAGCAGGAACGCUUCCUGUCGAUGCUCGAAUCCAUCUGGCACACCAAAAAGCGCGAUGCGUUCCCAGCCUCGAUCGUCAGCAGCGACGAUCCUGUGUAUGAUCACUGCUCGAAACUGUUUUUGGAGAUCAAUCGCUCCUGGGAACCGCUGUUGUCCGCCGCCCUUGGUUAUCCGCAGUAA